AUGUCCUCAACGAACGAGGAGGACCCCUUCCUCCAAGUCCAACAAGAUGUCCUCAGCCAAAUUUCGUCCAUCCGGCCGCUCUUCGCCUCAUACCUUCGCAUCCGCUCCCUCGCCUCAUCACAUACCUCUCCAGAACUGACAUCUGCGCGCACCGAGCUCGAAACCGCGCUCUCUUCCCUGGCAGAAGAUCUCGCCGACCUCGUGGCCUCUGUCCAAGCCAUCGAAUCCAACCCCUCCCAGUUCGGCAUCUCCGACCAUGAGGCCUCUCGCCGGAAACGUCUCGUCCAGGAAGUCGGCGCCGAGAUCCAGGACAUGCGCGAGGAGCUCAACAAGAACAUCGCCAGGACAGGUGGUGGCGGCAGCGACUUGCCGGACCCGAGCUCCUUUGCGAUCGGCGACGGCGACGGCGACGGCGACGCGUACACUGAGUUUGAGCAGCAGCAGCAGGUGGAGAUUAUGCAGGAGCAAGAUAGACAUCUUGAUGGCGUGUUUCAUACUGUUGGAAACCUGCGUCGCCAGGCAGAUGAUAUGGGGCGAGAACUAGAAGAGCAAAACGAGAUGCUGGAAGUGGUAGACGACCUGGCGGACCGGGUAGGCAACCGGCUGCAGACUGGCAUGGCCAAGCUGCAGUAUGUGAUGCGCAAGAACGAAGAUCGGCUGAGCAGCUGUUGUAUCGGCGUUUUGAUAUUCGUUUUGAUACUGUUGCUCGUUCUUUUGUUGAUCCUGUGA